AUGGGUGCUGCUGGCAAUGAUGAGACUUUCGGGCCACAGUAUGGCUCUUGGUUUGACUUUACUCUUAGAUUUGAACAAUCUGCUCUAGGUAUCCUGCCGACUGGGCUGCUUGUUGCUGCAGCGCCGCUGUUUUUCUAUGUUUACAAACGAGGCCCUGCAUAUGCUAGAGCAGGAACCACCCUGUGGAUCAAACUGGCUGCAACACUCUUGCUAUUUGCCUUGGAGGUUGCUAGCCUUGUUCUUUAUCGAAAAACUCCUUCCAUCAGGCCCGAUAUUGCUCUCGCCGCCGCUUCAAUGUCCUGCGUCGCUAGCUUCACAAUCGUCUUCCUCGUCGUCGUUGAGCACCGUUUCACCUUGCGACCAACCUCGCUCCUUAGUCUCUACAUUCUGAUGAGCCUCCUUCUAGAUGUCGUAAAAAGUAGAUCCUACUUUUUGAGGCACUGGAUGAGCGCGUUGGGCGGCCUGUCGGCUGCCGCUGCCGCUGCCAAAGCAAUCCUUAUUGCUGUACAAGAAAUCCCAAAGACUGCCCUCUUGAUCGACGAGAAUCUGCGACACACUACCAGCAAAGAAGCUACUAGUGGCUUUUGGAGUCGGAGCGUCUUUGCCUGGCUGAAUUCAAUUUUUCUGGUCGGCUUUCGACAAACAUUGUGCCUUGAGGACUUGGAGCCUUUGGACCCUCCACUGUCGGCAGGGCCACUACUCAACCGGUUCAUUCCCAAAUGGGAUAAAGUGAGGAGCAAUUCACUCAGGGGCAGUCUCGCCUUUGCUUGCUUCGCCACGUUGUGGUGGCCUUUUUGCGCUGUCAUUAUCCCUCGGCUGUUAUACUCCGGCCUGACUUUUGCGCAGCCAUUUCUCCUCCAGCGAAUCCUGGACUGCGUGACGACAGAAAAUCCUCCAGCAUACGAAAGAAUCGGUCUCAUAGUCGCUUCCGGACUUGUAUUCGGCGCCAGAGGACUUGCCAGGGCGGCCUACAUGCACGCAAAUUAUCGCUGUGCCACUGCCGUUCGUGCCGUGCUGGUUGCAUCCAUGGCAGAUAAGCAGCUUCGCCUCACGCGCACCGAGGCCAAAAAGUCAGCAAUUGCUACGCUUAUGACGGCUGAUGUUGAGGGAAUUGAAGAAAGUCUUCCAGAGCUCCAUGAUCUCUGGAGCUAUUUCCUUGACAUUAAUUUUGGGUUGUUUCUGCUCUACAAAUUCAUUGGGCUAGCAGCUUUGACUGUUUUUGCUCCUUUCGUCUUUUCAGCUAUCUAUGGAAUAUUGGUUGGCAAUUGGUCCGGAAGAGCACUGGCUGCGUGGAACGCCAGCAUCGAAUCAAGAGUGUCCAAGAUGUCAAAUAUUCUGUCACAGCAAAUUCCUAUCCGCAUGAUGGGCCUCGGCCCUGUUGUUUCCAAGUAUGCGCAGAAUCUACGCAGAAUCGAAAUGGAAUGCUCGCGGCGAUACCGUAUCUGCACGACAACAACGAUGACGGGGGCACUAUCGAUAGAAGCGUUUACCCCCGUUAUUAUUCUGGCUGCGGCUCUUUUUUGGACACGAUUUGAGAACGGCUUCACCGCACAGGUGGCAUUCCCGACCCUUUCCCUCAUCACAAUUGUACAAAUGCCACUAUUCUACUUGAUAGAUACUUGGGCUAGUAUUCCGAGACUCUGGGUAUGUAUGAAACGCAUUCAGGAGUAUUUGCAGCUUCCCGAGUGGUCAGACAAACGUCAACACUACAAUGGAGAGGCUCUCCCAUCUGUAGAACACUGCUGGAUCGAUUCGAAUCAGAGAAACAACAAAGAGACUGUUGAAGAAGCUGUUAUUGAGCUGAAAGAUGCAUGGAUUGGCCCAGCCGGUCAUCCUCAGGCAAUUUUACAGGGCAUCAACCUGCGUAUUUUACGUUCAAAGGUAAUUGCGCUCAUUGGCCCAAUAAGUUGUGGAAAAUCAACAUUUCUCCAAAAUUUAAUCGGGGAGGGUACGAUUUCGCACGGCGCUGUCAUAGUUGCCAAGUCAAAAUGGGCGUUUUGCGACCAGAGCCCUUACCUGGUCAAUGCUACCAUCAGAGAAAACGUUAUCGGGCCGAAUGCUUACGAUCAAAAAUGGUAUCAAGCUGUCGUGGAGGCAUGCCAGCUUUUGGACGACUUCGGUCAGCUUGCCGCCGGCGAUGAGACAGUGGUUGGCAGUGAUGGAAUGAAUUUGAGUGUUGGCCAACGCCACAGGGUUGCGCUGGCCCGAGCCGCUUACACCCAAGCAGACAUCAUGGUAGUCGAUGAUAUUUUUGGUUCUCAGGAUCAAGUUACAGCACGCGCUAUGAUCAAAAAACUGCUUGGGCCAGACGGUUUACUCAGGCAACUGAAAACCACCGUCGUUUUUGCGUCGCACUUGGGAAUUGCUGUGGAUGUGGCGGACGAGCUGCUACAAAUUGACCACACGUCAAUUCUUCACCACAAAGAACUUGAUGAUAGCGCUAUGAAGGUGCGAUUAGUCGAAUCGAUGGGGCUGACGAAGCAAGUUUCGGAGGAAUUCAAAACCACGGAAAGUGCGUCGGCCAGCCGCCAAGAGAGCAAGCAAGAAGCUCGUGCUGAGGCCAAGUCUGAAGUUGAAGCUACGGAAGACUUGUCACGAGCCAGAGGAGAAUUUAGUCUAUAUCGAUUCUAUUUUGGAUCUUUUGCAAAGCUGCGAUUUCUCUUAUGGAUUGCUUCCAUGCUUGUAGUCGUGUUUUGCGACAAUUUCCCCAACGGUUAUGUUCGAAUAUGGGUAGAUCACGGCUCGAAGAACAAUUUGUAUCUCAUCGGCUUUGCUUUGAUCGCCUUUACGCGAGUCGCAACGGGACUUUGGAGUCAGAGGCUUUUUUAUCUCCGUAUUCUCCCCGAAUCUGGCGAAAGACUACACCAGUUGCUGUUGGAUGCAUCGAUGAACGCCACGUUUCAGUUUCUCUGUACCGUUGAUAGUGGUUCUCUAUUGAACCGAUUCAGUCAAGACAUGAGCUUGGUUGUCCAGAUACUGCCAAUCGCCAUGUAUAGAUUCGUCUUUAUGCUGUACUCUUCCGUCAUAAGCGUGGGUUUUGUGAUGUCUGGUUCAUCGUAUGCCACCAUUGCCCUCCCAAUCAUUGUUGCUGCUGUGUAUUUCGUUCAAAAUUUUUACCUACGCACUUCUCGACAACUUCGGCACCUCGAUCUAGAGUCCAAAGCGCCUUUAUUUAUACGCUUCAAAGAGACCGCCAACGGCAUCCAGCAUAUCAGAGCCUUUGGAUGGCUAUCGAGCCAGCUCGAGAAAAACCUUGCCUUGCUGGAUGCUUCUCAAAGAGCAUAUUAUCACAUGUUAUGCGUUCAGCGGUGGCUGAAUCUAGUAUUGGACUUGAUGGUUACCGCUGUUGGUGUUUUUAUUGUCAGCGUUGCGCUUUAUGUCAGAAGCUCAAGCUCUCCAGCAGCCACGGGACUCGCUUAUUUGACGCUUAUUGACUUUGGCGGAACUCUAACAAUCGCUGUGAAGAGAUGGACAGAGAUGGAGAUUGCUCUAGGCUCAAUCGCCAGAUCGAAGUCCUUUGUGGAAGUUACACCGCAUGAAAAGGACCAACUGGACUUCAGUGUGCCCAAAGAUUGGCCAAAGCACGGGAGGAUCGAGUUCAGAAACGUGACAGCAGGUUACAACACUGAUUCGGUUCUCACAGAUGUGUCGUUUACAGCGUUGAGCGGUGACAAGGUGACCAUCAGUGGUCGAUCCGGCAGUGGAAAAAGUUCUCUGUUUGUAACACUGCUAAAUUUCCUGGAAUAUUCUGGGUCUAUUUACAUCGAUGGCAUCAACAUCAGUCAAGUCUCGCGCCAAGCACUGCGGGAGCGAAUCACGACAAUCACGCAGACUCCGGUGAUCCUUGACGGCUCCAUUCGACACAACCUAAUUCCAUUUAUCGGUACAAACCUUCUCGAAUCAAUCAUAGAGUCUACGCUCAGGCAGCUGGGGCUAUGGGACGUCAUUCAGUCAAAGGGUGGGCUGGACAGGGACAGUCAAGACGCUGGGUUAUCCGUAGCCCAACAACAGCUACUAUGUAUUGCACGAGCACUGUUGCAUCAUGUUCAAACAGGGAGCAAAAUUGUGCUUCUGGACGAAGCCACGGCGUCGUUGAGUAUGGCAUCAACUCUUGAGGUGCAGCGCGUUCUCGUGGACGCAUUUCAAGGGUGCACCGUGCUGAGCAUUGCGCACUGGGAUUCGCCGAUCCAAAAACCAGACCUCAAGCUCGAAAUUGUCAACGGCAAGCUAGUUUCUGCAUUAAGAGCCGAUGUGGAAUCUGAUGAUGAAAGAGAAGCAGAGAGAAGGAUUGACUGCCGCAGGCUCAAGGAGGAUGCUGAGCGAGGAGAUUCCGGUUAG